AUGCUUAUGUACCCACGUAAGGGUCUCAUCACCGAUCCAUACAACCCAGAGGACAUCAUCAUACAAGACGACCAGUACCCACCUGAGUUCUAUUCGGAGUCGAACUGUCAACGCCUGCAAUCGCCGUUCGAGUGCCACCCCAGUGUACAGCUUUCUCCGCCAUCAUCCGCACCUUCCUCGCCUUCCUUCUCCUCUCCGACCUUCUCUAUUCCUUACCCACAAACGUCGGACUCGCAGUCGUUUGGGGCUCCUUCGAUGACCCCAGCUUCUUCUUACAACCCGUCGUUUGACAUCCAGGGUUCCAAUUCACCACACUAUCUUCCUCAAUACCCUCAACAAUACUACACCCCCAUGUUGGCGCAACAGCCUCUCGCCACCAACCAAGGGUGGGAUAACAACCUGCAGUUGCUGAGUCCUGCGCGCAUUCCUUACGCCGGUGUGCAGAAGCGCACUUCGCCUCCAUCACCUGCCAACAACUUCCACCGUCGUUCCAACAGCUCGAACAAGCCGUUGCCCACGCCAGUGCAGACCCCGCUCCAGAACUCCUUCCUCGCGACACCCUUCCAGAACUUUGAUCCUGCCUCUCAAGAUGGUCACAACGCCGAUGCCGAGACUGCGAUGAGAAAGGCCAUCAUGGACCAGCAGAAGCAGUCACCUCCCCAGCAGCUGCAGAGCGACUACUCUAUGGCUCCAUCGGUGUCAACCAUGAGCCACAACUCCCCAGUGACCCCACAGACCAGCCUGGACGAGAUUGACGAUGCUGCCAAGAUGAAUGAAUACACUUCUAACGGUAUGCCAAUGGGAGUGCCUAAGCUGGACAGGACCAUCUCCGAUAUCUACCAGGACGAGCUCUACAACCCUUCCAUCAUGGCUGCUCCCCAGAUGUCCAAGCCAAUGGGUCAGAACCAGCUCAACCCGCGCAACUUCAUGGCCGAUCGCCUCCAGGCUGCCAACCAGGGACACGUGUCUGCUCGCUCUCAAUCUCCCGCCAACAGACGGGAUCGUUCGCCUUUCCGCCCUUCUUCUCCGUUCGCGGGUGAUAUGGGUAGCAACCUCCAGCAGCCUCAUAUGGCUACCAGUGUUCCAAUGACACAGAAUGUGAUGCAGGGAAUGGACGGAUCUCAGCCCAAUACUACCGGAGAUAUCAAGACCAUGUCCCCCAAGGACGCAGUUUUGGAUUUCCAGGAUGGCGACGACCCAGCUCUCCCAGCUCUGUUCCCCCCAGGCCUACCUCAGGGUGACUUCAACCUGGGUGAUACUCUUGGUCUGCGACGCGACAGCGGCUCAAUGCGACCGAUGGAAGCGUUCCCUCAAUACACAACCGCCAUGUCGCAGCCUCAAUUCGCAUUCGCUCAGCCCCCAAGCCACCGCCCUUCGCAGACCAAUCUCUUGCAGCAAACUCCUGAUUUCCCAUCUGUAUCGGUGGAAUCUAGCGAGACCUCGCCGCAAGCUCAGGUCAACCUGCCAAUGGAGAGCAUCCCCCGACCGGACAACACCACCUCCGAUGCUGGCACCUACACCUGCACCUACCACGGCUGCGCAUUCCGCUUCGAUUCUCCCUCUCGCCUACAGCGCCACAAGCGCGAAGCCCACCGGCAAACCACACCGGGCGGCCACCUCAUCAGCCGCGACACCACUCUACGCAAUUCCCAAGCCGGCCCCCACCGGUGUGAGCGCAUCAACCCAUCUACAGGCAAAGCAUGCAAUUCGGUCUUCUCUCGACCCUACGAUCUUACCCGGCACGAACAUACGAUCCACACAGCGGGCAAGCAAAAGGUCCGCUGUCACAUCUGUAACGAGGACAAGACAUUCAGCCGAAACGAUGCUCUGACAAGGCACAUGCGAGUGGUGCAUCCCGAAAUCGACUGGCCAGGCAAGCAGCGUAGGAGGAGAGAUUGA